UUUCCGCAGGAUAAUGAGUUCAGGUGAUUGCGAGGGGCUUCAGGAGGAUUUAGAGCGGUUGUAUUAUUGGUGUGUUGUUAACAAGCUCAGCCUAAAUAUUUCUAAAUGUAGCGUCAUGUCUUUCACGAGGAGUAAGCAACCUGUUGUGUUCCCCUACACAGUGUGCGGUAAUUUGUUGGCGAGAGUAUCUGAGGUGAGGGAUUUGGGUGUGAUCUUUGAUAGUAGACUCACUUUCAUCCCGCACGUUGAUCAGUUAGUGCUUUCUGUCUCGAAGGUUUAUGGUUUCAUAAUACGCAACUGCAGAUAUUUUACUCACACAUCAACCUUUUUGUGCCUUUUCAAUGCAUUAAUAAGAAGCAGGUUGGACUAUGGCUCUGUGGCUUGGAAUCCCAUCUACAAUUGUCACAGACAGCGCAUUGAAUCAAUUCAGAAGCGUUUCCUGAAGUACCUUGUCUGGAGGGAGGAUGGUGUCUACCCAGUGAGAGGUUCAGAGUAUGGCUUGCUUUUGAACAGAUUUGGAGUCUCCUCUUUGGAAGUUAGACGGAGAGUACUGGCGGUGAAAUUUUUGUACAAUGUAGUGAAUGACAUAACGGAUUGUCCAUCGUUACUAGCUAUGGUCAACUUCAUAGUGAGAAGGCAGAAUUCGAGAUCACAGGAACUUUUUUACUUGCGUACUCCCAGGACCAAUCUUCUCCUGCAAUCUCCGAUUGAGUUUAUGUGCCGGACCUUCAAUACGAUCUCUGCGGUUUGUGAUAUUAAUUUUGACACCUUACCAUGUAUUAUUGAAGUACUUUUAUGCAGUUUGGAGUGUGAACAGUAG